GACCCAGCGAAUGAUGUACACAUCAAGUGCUGCUGCUAGAAAUAAAAAAUAGUCCUGUUAAUUUUUUGCAGACACUCAGGAUCCGUGUGAGAGUAUGGAGUGUCAGUUUGGCUCAGUGUGUAAAGUAUCUUUAGAUGGUGAAUCAGCUAGAUGUGUUUGUCCAGAAAACUGUGUCUCCUCCCGAAAUGAUCAGAAUUCAGUUUGUGGAACGGACGGAAAACAUUACCAGAAUUCGUGUGAAUUGAAAGGUGCUUCCUGUAGAGAAAUGAGGCCUAUUGAAAUCAAAUAUCAUGGUGCUUGUGAUCCAUGUGAAGGCGUUGAAUGCCCAACUUCUCAAAUCUGCCAACUGGACGAAGGGAGAAAUCCAAUGUGUCGAUGCAACUCUGUAUGUUCUCCAGACUUCAGACCAGUAUGUGGUUCUGAUGGAAAAACGUAUACGAAUGAAUGCACUCUGAGAGUAGAAUCGUGUAAAUCGAGAAAAAAUAUUCGAAUAAUUUACACUGGAGAAUGCUCUAGUGGGGCUAAUCCCUGUGACAGUCUACAAUGCAGUCCGUUCCAGUCAUGUGACAUCGACAGACACGGAAAAGCGACCUGCCACUGUGAUGACCAUUGUGAACCAGUUGUGAAAUUAGUGUGCGGUUCAGACAGAGAAACAUAUCUCAAUGAAUGUGAAAUGAAAAAACAAGGCUGCAUUUUAAAGAAGUACAUUAAAUUAGCUUAUCGAGGAGAAUGCGGAGUUCGUGGGCUUUGUUAUAAAUAUCAUUGCUCGUAUGGUGCUAUUUGCGUGGUUAAAAGUGGCUUUCCGACGUGCGAGUGUCCCACCUGCACUGAAGAAUUUGAGCCAGUGUGUGGAACAGAUGGGAUUUCCUACACAAAUAAAUGUAAGCUGCAUAGAGAGUCAUGCGAACAAAAAACUGAAAUUGCAGUUGCAUACAGUGGAUUGUGCAACGGAUGUGAAAAUAAAAGGUGUGAAUAUUACGCCGUCUGUGAAAGCGAUGGUCGGGGGAAUGGCAAAUGUGUCUGCCCCCAAUCCUGUAUAAAAGUUGAAUCUCCUGUUUGUGGUACAGAUGCAGUUACAUACCUCAACGAAUGCGAGAUGAGAGUUGAAGCUUGUCGUAAGGCUCAAUAUGUUUUAGUGGUCUCAAAGGGUCCAUGUGAUCUGUGUCAAAACGUUCAUUGUAAAUAUGGAGCUCGAUGUGAAAAUGGUCGAUGUGUUUGCCCAACUGAUUGUCCAAACGUGUCCGAAACUGUCUGUGCAAAUGAUGGUGUGACAUAUCAGAAUGAAUGCAAGAUGCGCCAUGCAGCGUGCAUUCACGAUCAGGAACUGAAUAUGCUUUUCUAUGGUGAAUGUGAUCAAGUCGACGAAUCACAAGAUGAAGGUUCAGGGGUGGAGAUGGACUGUGAAGAAAAAUCUUGUAAAUUUGGUGGAGUCUGCGAAUAUGACUCUGAGGGAGUCCCACAAUGCGUUUGUAAUUUUCAUUGUUCCCAGGCAUUGGAUCCAGUUUGUGGAUCCAAUGGAAAACUAUAUGAUAAUGCGUGUAAACUAAGAGAAGAAUCUUGCAAUCAGCAGAAAGGAAUAAUGCCAGUUCACAUAGAAAUGUGCGAAGAAUUCCGAGAAGUGCCUUGUGAUGGAGAAAAACCACUCGUUGAUAUUGCCACCAACAAGGACUACUUCUGCGGUGAAGGAAUAGGUUCAAAACUGUGUCCCCCCGGAAGCUACUGUCACAAAUCUUCAGCUUUUUCUAAAUGUUGCCGCGAAAUUAUUUUAAUCAAAACGUGCUCUGAAGCGAUUUUUGGGUGCUGCCCAGAUGGAAAUACUUCUGCUCAAGGACCCAACAACGCUGGAUGUCCAAGUGUUUGCAACUGCAACCGUUUGGGAGCGUUUGGUUUAACUUGCGACCCAGUCUCAAAGCAGUGUUUUUGCAAGCCAGGAGUUGGGGGACCUCACUGUGACAGGUGUGAGCCUGGCUACUGGGGUUUGCAUCGAAUCACUGACGAAAACAGUGAGGGUUGCACUCCUUGUACCUGCAACUUGUAUGGCUCAGUAAGGGAUGACUGCGAGCAAAUGACGGGACGCUGCGUAUGUAAACAAGGAAUACAUGGGAUGAAAUGUGAUAUAUGUCCAGAAAAAACAGUUUUAACUCCUGAUGGCUGUGUCGAUGAGUCUAUAGCCCAGCCUAUAAGUGGUUCCUGCGAUGAACUCAUGUGCUUCCAUGGUGCUCAGUGCAGAGAGGUUAUUGAAGGUCAUGCUCAAUGUAUCUGUGACAUUCAGUGCUCAGCAGAAGAUAGUAAAGACCCCGUAUGUGGAUCCGACGGUAACACGUACGGAUCUGAGUGUCAAAUGAAACUGUUUAGUUGCAGAUAUCAGAAGACUAUUACGAUUGCUUUUCAAGAAGCUUGUGCAAAAGAAUUGCAUAAAAGGAAGAAGAACUACAAAUUGAAACGUUCUCUACCUGCAGCCAACUUUUCUGCCUUUAAUCAUUUGGAAAAAAGAACUUUUUAUUUCAAGGAAAAUAUGACUGUGUCACAUGAAGAUGACUUCAUCAAAAAAUACAAGCAUAAGAGUCAAGAAAUGAAGAGGUCAUUCGAAUCGGAACCAAGGUCCCAAUAUAAAUCCAUUACAAUAGAAUUUUCCAUCAUGAAAACUGAUGGAGUUUUAUUAGUAAUUAAAGAUUUGAUGAACAACUAUAAAACAGUUGUUCUGCUCAAUAUUAGAAAUAGAUUUGUCGAAGUCUGGAUCAAACAUGCUAAUGAAUUAAUACAUUUACGUCCAGAGAAGCAAGUCCUGACUGGUAGAUACCACAUAGUUUCAAUGGAAUUUGAUUCACGUUUAGUUGCUGUACACCUCGAUAAAGCAUGGAACGAUUCCAAGUAUCUCAACGACAAAAACAAUACUCUAAAAGAAUUUUUGACUAAAUCGGACUUAAUAGUUGCUCCUGAUAUGCAGCUGAGUCAACAUAUGAAUAUUUUAAAAGGUUUUUCCAAGCUGAAAAACUUCGUAGGAUGUGUUCACAAAAUUAGAAUUGGUUGUACCGAAUGCGAUAGACUUAAAACAUCUGUUUUAAUACCAGAAACAAUAUUCGAAAAAUCAACGAUGAAGUCCGUGUGUAUGAACAAAAAUAUCAAACUUCCUUUCAGUCUUCCAUUUUUACACGAGCUCAAGAAGUCGGUUAAUUUAAAUAUCACUGAAGACUUAUGA